AUGAACACCCUCAGGCCGCUGCGCGGUGGCUGCCAAUGCGGCCGAAACCGCUAUAUUAUUGCCGUUCCUCAAAACGGUAUCAGCGAGGCACAGGUCCUUUUCAACACCGAACCAGCUCAUCAGAUUCCUCUUGCAACUCCACUGGCUGCAUACAUCCGAGUUCCUCUGUCAUGGUACCACAGCACCACACACUCCUUCUUUCCAGACGAGACACAUGCCUUAAUCAGACGUGUGUAUACACACCCUAGCCAGCAAUACUCGAAACGUCACUUUUGCGGCUACUGUGGUACGCCCUUGUCAUACUGGUCUGAAAACCCACACACCGAAGCCGAUUUCAUCAACCUUACACUCGGAAGCUUGCUGAGGGAGGACCUGCGGGAUCUGGAAGACAUGGGUCUUAUCCCUGAGGAGGAGGAAAACACCACCCCGGCAGAACAGCCACCAACAGUGGUGGGUAGGAGCACGGCACUACGCCAAUCGUAUGGAGUUCCAUGGUUCGACGGUAUGGUUGAAGGAACACGUUUGGGCAAUAUGCGCCGAAGCCAGGGCGUUAAGCAGUCGCAUGAUGGCCUAGUCAAGGUUGAGUGGGAAAUUGUUGAAUACUCGGGCAACGGCAACGAGUCGCAGGGUCCUACAGGAGAAGACGUCGAUAUGGAAUUAUCUCACCUCGGAAAGCGAAAGCUACAUGACAGGGACGACUCGGAAGCGGUUACUGGCGGCAACUGA